ACCACACCGCCAUUGAUUUCAUCACCAUCCCAUCGUUAUCGAUUUCAGAUAGGGAACAAGAUCAGAUUUACAGUCACAGACGUACUCCAAUCUACUCAUCUCAUUCGAUUUCCGAUUCUUCAUUGCGUGUUUCCGACGAUAAGCAGCUGUUUUCAUGCUCGCCGGAGCUUUUUGUUACAUGAUUUCCGGUAAUUGAGAUAAUCAUUAAUAAUCAUGAAGAAAUUGAGGAGUUAUUACAUGCAUUUCAGACAUCCACAUACAAUGGAGCGAAAAUGGAUCUAUCCUUUGGCUGUUGGUUCAAUCGUUUCGCUUUUUCUUCUGUUUUUAGCAACCCUAACUUCACCUGACGGCACCCCUCUCCUCCCACUUUAUCGUUACUACGCCGGCGCUCCGGCGUCUGUGUUUGUUGAACACAAGCUUCGUGCCAUUCCUGUUUCUACUGUCCCUCCUCCGCCUCGCUUUGCGUAUCUAAUUUCUGGUUCCAAACGCGAUGGUGACAUGCUAAAACGGACUCUUCUCGCGCUUUACCAUCCAAAUAACAGAUAUGUUGUUCACUUAGAUGCCGAAUCGUCACCUGAGGAGCGGCUUCAGUUGAAUCAGUUUGUGAAAAACCAUCCAGUUUUCGUGAAAUUUGGGAAUGUGGUGAUGAUCACAAAGGCCAAUCUGGUGACGUACCGUGGGCCGACUAUGGUGGCGAAUACACUUCACGCUGCCGCGAUCUUGUUGAGAGAAGGUGGACACUGGGACUGGUUUAUCAAUCUCAGUGCAUCUGAUUAUCCGCUUGUUACGCAAGAUGAUCUGCUUCAUACGUUCUCUUACCUACCGAGGGAUCUUAAUUUUCUUGAUCAUACAAGUAAAAUUGGAUGGAAAGAGAGUCAAAGGGCAAAGCCUGUUAUAGUUGAUCCGGGGUUGUAUAUGACAAAGAAAGCUGAUGUUUUUUGGAUCACACAGAGAAGAAGUGUACCUACUGCAUUCAAAUUGUUUACAGGAUCUGCUUGGAUGGUCCUAUCUCGCCCUUUCAUCGACUUCUGUAUCUGGGGUUGGGACAACUUGCCCCGAACCGUCCUUAUGUACUACGCAAAUUUCAUCUCGUCUCCCGAAGGCUAUUUUCACACCGUUAUAUGCAACACACAAGAGUUCCGCAACACCACCGUCAACAGCGAUCUCCAUUUCAUAUCAUGGGACAACCCACCGAGACAGCAUCCGCACUACCUCACCACGGAUCACAUGCAGAAAAUGAUUGAAAGCAAUGCCCCUUUCGCACGGAAAUUCCAUCGAGACGAUCCCGUGCUCGACAGGAUCGACUCCGAAUUACUUUCCCGUGGCCAGGAAAUGAUCGUUCCUGGCGGCUGGUGCAUCGGAAGCCGUGAGAAUGGGUCGGACCCGUGUUCUGUAGCUGGAAACAUCACGCUCCUAAGGCCCACUUCUGGCGCUAAAAGGCUCGGGAAUCUCGUGACCUCCCUAUUGUCGAGUCGGAGUUUCAGAUCGAAGCAGUGCACAUAGGAAGAAAUUGUAAAUAAUGAUCGUCUGUAAUUAGUUUAAUUGAUUAUACCGGGAAAAGAUGUGGUUACAGAAGUCGAAAAAUGGGAACCCGAGCUCCCUCGGGUUUCCGUUUUUCAGAAUCGGGGAUCAUCGGAGACGUUGGAUUCGGUAGAAAGCAGAUAAUUAGAUGAAAUUUGAAAGAGGAACCAUAUAAUGUGGAUUUUCGUUUUACACCAUUUUAGGAACAAAAGUUUUUUGAUGCAUUUGGUUGAUGUUAGAAGAAAGGGUAAAAGUGUAAUUGUAACCAAAGGAAAGGAUGGUGAUAGUACAUUUGAGGUG